GGAGUCGCUCUUCCAGAGAUGAGGAUCGACCAAUUGGUGAUAAUAGUUGAAAAUUUGGCAGAUUCCUCGUAGUUGAAAGAUAUUCCAUUAUCAAUCCUUGCUUUCAUGUACUAGUGUCAUGUCUGCAAGCUUUCGAACCAUUUGAGGAAUCACAGGAUGAAACCUAGAUCUCUUCCGUAGAAACUGUUUUCUGUCCGCGACUCCACUUGUUGAUAUUGUCAAGGGUGCAGGAACCCACUAGACAGAAAAAAUGUUAGAUAACUUUGCAUUUCAUAUGAAAAAUUGGAGAGAUGUCGUCUACUAUAUAUGUUCCGUGGUACUCCUCUCUUCUCCAUAAAUUAAACAUUGCACCAUUCUCCUCCCAGCUUCGUCAUCGCCUCACGGCGCCUCCCAUUAAGCAUGUCAAUCGCAACCAAUGGAAUGAUUCAAAGGUCGAGGCAUGAUGAAUUUACCCCUCUCCUUUCGGACGCGAAAAAUUCACAAAUCACGAAGUACAAUGGGCCUUCCAUUCGCAGCGAUGAGGAAUCCAUUGUAUGCACGAUACCCCUUGUUAAUCCAUUGCCGGAGACCUCGCGUAAUAUAGCGAGCGUCAUUUCGAUUCUUCUUUUGGGCGUCUUUAUAGCAAAUGCAGACGGAUCGCUCGUUCUCGCUACGAGCGGAACAAUCAGUAGCGAGUUUAAUGAUCUGGGAAAUGCAGGAUGGCUCAUCUCAUCGUAUAUGCUGGCUAUGUGCGCGACUCAGUCUUUGUAUGGAAAUUUGAGUGAUAUUUAUGGGAGGAAGAGUACGAUAUUAGCCUCUUAUGUGUUUUUUGCCUUGGGUUGCGCGAUUUGUGGAUUGGGAUGGAAUCUCCCAGUAGUAGUAGUAGGACGACUAGUCGCAGGCGUUGGUGGCGCUGGUAUCAAUUGUCUAGUAUCAAUCGUCAUUGCAGAUAUGGUUCCAAUUAGAGAAGUCGCGAAAUGGAGAAGCUAUGUUAAUAUUGCAGCUACAACUGGAAGAUCAUUGGGAGGUCCAAUUGGAGGGUUCUUGACUGAUACUGUUGGGUGGCGGUGGUCAUUCUUAGGACAAUGUCCACCUACUAUUCUAGCCUUGAUUCUAGUGAUCUGGAAGCUGGAAAUCACACCGCAACGAAUCUGCAGCAAUCAAUCACACUUCUCAAAAUUACGCCGUAUCGAUUUCCUGGGCUCAAUCUUCCUUUCCGUCUCGAUUGUUUGCGGGCUCAUGGUUCUUGAUCUUGGUGGUCAUCGAAUCCCUUGGACCGAUCUUAAACUGCUAUCGCUCUUGGGCAUUUCAGUUGCUGGAGGAAUUUUGUUCUUUCUCGUCGAGUGAUUUUGGGCUAAAGAGCCUAUUUUCCCGCUGAGAUUGUUGCGGAAUCGAGACGUGCUUACCAGUUAUAUCAAUUUGGGCUUUCAAUCGGGUGCUCAGAUGGCGAUGAUGAUGUUAGUUCCAAUCUAUUUUCAAGUCACCGAUCAUGCGACUUUCACAACUGCAGGUGCACAUCUCAUGCCUUCUGUAAUCGGAAAUGCAAUAGGAGGUCUCCUCGCUGGAUACAUCAUCCAUAAAACAGGACACUACAAACCUAUCCUCCUCCUCGGCGCCCUCUCCUCUCUAACUUCCUAUACCCUCCUCCUCUUCCGCUGGCACGGCCAUACUUCAUUCCUCGAAUCUCUCUACAUAAUUCCUGGAGGUUUCGGUAACGGAAUCGCGCUUUCAGCAUCAUUUAUAGGACUCACAGCGGGAGUAGAACAGGAAGAACUCGCGAUUGCCACGAGUGGACUCUUUCUGAGCGCAAAUAUAGGGUGUGUAGUUGGCGUUAGUGCGGCAGGGAGUGUGAUGGAAGCGGGGCUUGAGAAGGGUCUUAGGGUUGCGCUUGAGGGGUGGGAGGGGAGACAGAAGAUCAUCGAACAAGUGCUUUCGGAUAUUGAAUACGUGCGGAAUCUCGAUGGCAAAUUGGGAGAAGUCGUAACGAAUGUUUAUGUGAAUUGUUUGUCUUAUACUCAUGCUGUAUCCGUGUUCGCGGCGAUUGUAGCGCUCAUUGCGGCGUGUUAUGUGAGACAGCAUCGUCUUUGAGAAUUUUGAGGGGGAUUGGGGGUGGGGGUUGAGGAUGACAAAGCUGAGAGGCAAUAAGAGUUUAGAGAUCAUAUAUUGAAGAAAAAGAAUAACGGGGAACUCACAGAAUAAAUCAUAAUUACAAUUUCUACACAUUUUCAAUCUUAUUUCA